CUAUAAAAGCCCAAGCUUAAACCCUCCCUACCCUUCACGCUCGUCGCUUCCCCAUACUCCUCUUCCUCUCUCUACGACGCUAAGGUUGAAUCUUUCUUCGAUUGCUCUUUUCUUGGGAGAAAAUACAAUGAAGAACGAAUCAAGUAACGCUCCAAACGUCCCUGUUCGAAAGGGAACCACCUGAGACCAAGGAUGAAGUUAUUGAUAAGGAGCUUUUGGCGAAGCUUAAUCGUGCAAAGAUACUUUUAGUUUUGUCAUUGUCUUUGUGUAAUGGUUUAUGAGCACUGGAUUAUUUUAUGGUGGGCUUCCUUAACUAGAGCUAUUAAUCAGCAGGCUAAUGAUACUUUUGGGAGGAAAACACCUAAGAACGAGAGGAAAGUGCUUCAUCAAAAAUCGCAUUUGGAAGUGGAAGUUCCUCACUAGCACGGUCAUUUCUCAGAGGUCCUUUUUCUGGAAACCAAUAUCAGGAUGGUUUUGAAGCAUCAGCCCCGAAGAUAGAAAAAGAAUAUGCUGAACCUUGGAUUACAGUCACUCGUAUUAUCCCGUUGCUCUUCCUCUCAGGAGGCCCUACUCCAGAAACCCAGAAAUUCUUGAUGAAGAGGAAUUUGGAGAGGCUUCUGCAAGCUCAAGUCUAGAUGAAGCUUAGAUCAAUCCAGCUGAGGAGCUUGGACUGCUGAAAAAGAGCAAAAAACCACAAAUGCUCUUUUUCUAAAUGCCUUCAACUCUUCCAAUGAUGAAGCAGCCUGCUGCAGAAGCAGACACCAAAAAUAAUAUUCGUAAAGUUGACCGUGUAUUGAAGGGAUACAAAUUAGAAGAGCUUCCAGGAGGCUAUAUGGGAAAACUAAUGGUGUACAAGAGUGAAAAAAUUAAGAUGAAGAUAGGAGAUGCACUGUUUGAUGUUUCUCCUGGCAUGAAAUGUGUAUUUGCCCAAGAUGCUGUAGCGAUUAACACUAAAGAGAAACACUGCUGCAUCCUAGGUGAGAUUAACCAGCAUGCUGUGGUAACCCCAGAUGUGGAUGCUCUGUUAGAUCAGAUAAAUGAUGUGGGCUCAUCAUAGAGGCAUGUUGUUUUGCGGUUGGAAGGAGUUUGCCAUCUUUUCCUCUCUUUCCUCCUUUUUCCGGCCUUCAAUCCGCCGUUCGAAGUUUAACGCGCUAAGGUUAGAAUCAUGGCCGUCUACCAGCCUCCCGCACCGAGCUACGCACAGUUAAACAGCCCCGUGGUGGUGGUGAGCCCGCAGUUCUGCGUGCAGUACCCCGUGGAUUUCACGGUGGUAGAGAAGGCCCUCCACAUAACGGAUGGCAACUUCGCCAUAACGGACGUGAACGGCGACGUGGCGUUCAAGGUGAAGGGCAAAAUGCUUAGCCUCCGGGACCGGCGAAUCCUCCUCGACAACGCCGGCAAUCCCAUUCUUUCCAUGCAACAAAAGGUGUUUACCGUACACAGAAGAUGGGAAGCGUAUAGAGGAGACAGCACAGAUUCAAAAGACCUGCUAUUCAGCACCAAGAAGUCUUCACUCAUCCAAUUCAAAACCGAGCUCAAUGUGUAUUUGGCUGCUAACACCAGUGAACAAGCUUGUGAUUUCAAGGUUAAAGGGAGCUAUGGAGAGAGGGCAUGCACCAUUUACCUUGGGGAGUCUGACACAAUCGUGGCCCAAAUGAGGCGUCAACACAAGCUUAAGAAUACAAUAUUUGGACAGGACAUGUUUGGGGUGACCAUCUAUCCAAAUAUCGACUACGCCUUCAUUGUAGCCCUAAUCGUUAUUCUUGAUGAGAUUAAUCAUGAUAGAAAUGAUUAAUUCAAUUGGUGUGCUUGCUUAACAUAGACUUGCAUCUCCAGAAAUUUUUUCUACGGUGGUCAUAAAUUUUUAGAUUGCAGUGCCAUACAAAAACAUGUUGCAUAUAUUCAUAUGAUUAAGAGAUUUUAUUAUGUUGUUUAAGAUUUAAAUGUUGGCUUGUUAGUAUGGACAACUAUUGCAAGCAAGCUCCAUGAAUUGAAUAAUUGUACUUAGUAUGCAUUUAUUU